AUGGAAAUCGAUAUCGACUCACUUACGAAAAAACUUUUACAAAACGACUUGCAGCCACACAUUCCUAAAGACAUCACAGAAGCAAUCAUCAUCAAACUUGUAACCAAAGAAAAUACAAUCCCACAUAAGAAAUAUACUGAAAGUCUCACUUUUGUUUACCAAUUUUUGCUUGAGCUAAACCCAAAGUACUCCACUACACAAGUCAUUGCAAUCCCAACAAAACCAAUUUAUCCAUUAUACAAAAAAGUUGGAAUGGGAGGGACGUUCGACCGUCUUCACUGUGGACAUUACAGUCUUUUGCAGUCUGGACUCUUUUCCAGUAGCUCAAUUUUCGAAAUCGGCAUUUCUGGCGAUGCGCUUCUUGUCCACAAAGCCGGCCGCGACAAGAUCUUUACAUUCGAAAAACGACGAAACCAACUUGAAAACUUUGUUUUGAAAAUUCAAAGUGUUGUUCCAAACGUUGCAAAAGUCAGUUUGUGCGAAAUUGACACACCAGCAGGAACUGUCACAACAGACACGGCUCUUGAGGCAGUUGUUGUUAGUCCGGAGACGCUUUCUUCACUUACACAAGUCAAUGUCGAGAGGGUCAACAGUGGGAUGAAAAGCAUUGAACCUAUCAUCAUCGGGCUGAUUUGCUGUGGAGACGCUAAGGUGUCCUCUUCCACUAUUCGAAACUCUGAGAAGUAG